UUUCCAUUCGCCAUAAACGAUACCCAACUUUGCUUCCUCAUUUGAACCCAGCAGUCGCUCGGAGAUGGACAGAAACAGGGCAACAGAGUCAGAAAUUCUGAAGUUUAUUUGCGCGAAUCAUGGAGCAGUUAACACUGAUGAUCUGGUGUAUAAUCUCUGCUCCGGUGAUCCGGAUAUAAUUAACAACCGAGAGAAAUUUGUUCCAUAUUGUCUCAAUGGGCAGCCGAAGGUGGUGGCCAGGACCACACUGACGCUGUGCAAUAAGAGAAACUGUCCGGGAUCAUGCAUGAAGCUACACAUUUGUAAAGCCAUCCUCUUCAGCGGAUCCUGCCAAUACUCUCAGUUCAGGACAGGAUGCAGUUUCUCUCAUGAACUGAACUCCGACCACAACGUCAGGAUACUUGGAGUGCAUGAGCUGGAGAGUUUGAGCUUGAUGGAGCUGCGCACACUGCUGCUACAGAAUGAUGACAGACUCCUGCCUCCUAUAUGUCAUGAUUAUAACAAUGGUCUGGGGGAAUUUGGGUGUCAGGCGGGAAAUGAUUGCACAAGACUGCACAUCUGUGAACAGUACCUGAACCGUGACUGCAGCUGCAUCAGGACUCAUGCUUUCAGUGCUCCACAGCCACUAAAAAACCUGCGGGAUAAAGGUGUGCCUGAUAACAUUAUUAGCUCCCUGAAGUCAGUUUAUACAAAUAAAAAGGCUUUGAAGGUCUCGGGCAAUAGAGGUGAUAGAGGUGAUAAGGGCAACCGUCGAAAUUCUUCCACCAGUCAUACCCCUGCUGCUGCUGAUACUGUUGCAAGCAGCAAAAUUGGUCUGAAUUUACCAACAAGAGAAUGGCACGGAGGGAGAGGUAGGCAGCGGGACUACAGGGCAAAAGGAGGAAAAAGAGUAAACCCUGGCAACCAUCCACAACAAGCCUCUUCCUCUAGUAAUAUCCUUGCAGACAUUGAUGCCUUAAAUGAUUACACUGUUGACAAGCUAAGCAUAGGCAACAGUCAACAAAACUCUUCCACCAGUGACAUCUCUACUGCUGCUGACGACACUGAUGCAAGCAGCAGCAGUGGUCAGAGCAACAGACAAACAGGGAAGCCGAAUAAACCUUCAGCAGCUGUCAGAGGGAGAGGUGGCAACUGGGGCAGCAGAGGCCCACAUCAACGGCUGCAUAAAGCUUGUUCCAGUAAUGACUUAACUUCUGCUGCAAGUGGCAAGCUGCAAAAUGCCACCAGGAAUGAUGGGCUGAUGAAAAGACAAAGGGUGGUCAGAGAUAAAACGGAGAUAUGCUUGUUCUUCAUCAAAGGACACUGUAUACAUGAUGAGGACAAGUGUUAUAAGGUCCAUGAGAAGAUGCCUUACAAAUGGGAGGUCCAAGAGGGUGAUCAGUGGACCGCCUUGCCUGAUAAUGAGACAAUUGAGAAGGACUACUGUGACCCCAAAAACACAUACAGUAGUAGCAGCCUGCCUGUGUAUUUUGACACAAUGACCCAGGGAACCAACAAAGUACGACGACUCUCUACUGAGAACUCUUUGCUUGCACCAACCUUCAUUUACACCACCGAGUGGCUUUGGUACUGGCAAGAUGAGUUUGGAAAGUGGAACCUGUACGCUUCAGCUAGUGAUGGACACCGAACAGCAGACCUUGACAGCACUAAACUAGAGCAGAAGUUUCUGGAAAAUAACAAGGAUGUGGUAGAGUUCACAGCUGGUUCACAGUCAUACUCACUCAGUUUCCAGGACAUGAUACAAACAAAUAAGAACUAUGGAACAAAGAGGCUUGUAAGAAGACGGCCCUAUUUUGUUUCUGCAGCGGAUGUUCUAGCAAGAAGAGUGAGAAAGCCUCAGGGUCAAACACAUUUUGCCACACCAAACCACUGGGACAAGACACAGAUCCCUCCAACAGGAUACAGGCGAGUCUCCCUCCAGCGCUCUUCAGAUGAAUUUAAGGAGAUUGAAGCUCUCUUCUGUAAAACCAUGUUAGGCUUUGAUGUUAUCACAAUCCAGAGGAUUCAGAACAAAGCGCUUUGGGAAGCCUUUCAGUUGAAGAAGAAUCAUAUGAAGGAUGACAAUGGUGGACGCUAUCCAAUGGAAAAAAAGCUUUUUCAUGGCACUGACACUAAAUAUGUUGACGCCAUUUGCUCUACAAACUUUGACUGGAGAAUCUGUGGAACUCAUGGAACUGCUUAUGGCAAAGGGAGUUACUUUGCCCGUGAUGCUAAAUAUUCCCACAGCUACACCAGUGACACUGAUGUCAAAUCCAUGUUCAUCUCACGGGUGCUGGUAGGACACUUCACCAAAGGGUCCUCUGACUACUGCCGACCUCCUUCCAAGGAUGGUGGUGACGUAAACUUCUUUGACAGCUGUGUAGACAAUGUUCAAAACCCUUCCAUCUUUGUUGUGUUUGAGAAGAACCAGAUUUAUCCUGACUACCUGCUGCAGUACAAGACCACACACCCACUUGUUAGUUUUUACAGCACUGGGUCAGGACCGGCACCAAUACCAAUACCAGCACCAGCACCAGCACCAAAACCAGCACCAGCACCAAAACCAGCACCAGCACCAACUCCCCAGUCCAGAGCAUCAGUUUAUCAGCAGAGCACAGUCUCACACCAACCUAGGUUAUCAGUUUAUCAGCCCAGUACAACCUCAUAUCAAUCCACCACACCCUCUCACCAGUCCACCACAUCAGCUCAGCAACACAGCUCAUUCUCAUACCAACCGACCUCGUUGUCUUACCACCCCAGCACAGGUACUUUCCAGUACCAACCCAACAGACCUUCCCCCCCAAGCCCCAAACCAAAGAAAUCGUCUGAUACCUGUGUCAUUGCUUAAGUACAAAGAUGUUGACCAGGUGCAGUCUCACCAAUUUGCAGUCAUAGAAAGAAUUUAUGGUAGUGUAAUGAUCAAGAUGACAUUUGUGGGAGCUUGGUGCUGUGGGUAAUGUUUUGAUUAGAUUAAAUAUAGUAAUAAUAUACAUAGGUGUACAAUAAGAAGUAGAGUAGCACUUAAGUAGCACAUUACAGCAUCACUUAGUGCUUAUUUAUGUGGAAAACCAGAUAACAAUAAAACUAUUAAUGACAUGGAUGAAAACAAUCGAGCAUAAAAAAAAACUACAGUGAACAGAAAAUAUUAAUGACAGAGCUGCUAAGUUCACUGUAUCCAGAUUUCCAUCCAUGUAUCAUUUACAUUUUAUAUUGAUUUCUUGAAAAUCAGCAAGAAAGGGUGAAUUACUGUGUGUGCUUGUCCUUUACUGUUAUGCAAAUAUUACGAAUUGGGUCCUUAAAGCAAAAAGUUGGAAAAGCAGUGUAGAAAAUGACAUAGAAAUCUGGCAUUUGUUUGUUUCAUUGAUUCAUUAGAGGGAGGUAAAAAAUUUCUCAAACACUAUUUUUCAUUGAGUGGAUGAUUUAUGUCAGAUGCUUCUGAUAAAUCGUGAUUUAAUCACUACAUCUGCAGCUUGUGACUUUUUGUUUUUACCAGUACAGUAACUUUUCCUGCUGUAAAAAAAAAUGUAAAAACUUUUUUUUUACAACAUUUAAAGUUUGUUUGUUUGUUUGUUGUUGUUGUUGUUUUCAAAUUUCUAGUCAGUUUUUUUAAUCCACAUAUUGAAAAUGCACAAAGACAUCACUGUAAACAGUAUGUUUUAUGAAAACUUACAUAAAUACAUGUCAUAAAAAGCAGCAGUUGUGAAAAGUGCAGUGCAGUUCUUAAAGAUUUGCUCAGGAAAUUUUAUAUAUCAAUGUCAUUUAAAUACUUGAGUUCAAUAGUUAUGAUAAAGACUUGAUAAGGUCUAGGAAUUACUGCUUCAAGCUGCUGCAUAGCUCCUGAACCAAUAGAGGGUGACAAAAUCCCUUGUUGGCAUUAAAAUUUAAGAUGUAAAAUUGAUGGCUUCUUUCAAAAAAUGUAGAGGGUAAAGACUGUCAUUUUUAAUCAACAACAAAAAACAGGCAUUCAUAUAAAAUUCAAAACAGUAGAGGAUUUUUCCUUUUUGUUUAGUUCAAAGCAUUAUACAGUAUAUCAAUGCAGGACAAAUGCAUAUACACUUCAGCUGUGCCUUCCUUGUGUAUGUGUAUCUUCUUAGUGUGUAUGUAACCUGUUUUGUUUUACACACUGAGUUUUACAUUUGUUCAUUAUUGAAAUCAUCACUUGCAAAUUUUGUGGUUACUUUCUUAACAUUAUGAUUCCACAGCAGCAAUUUGUCCAAAUUAUUAUGUUGUUUGCAAACACUAUUGAUUUUCUCAUUAAAAAUAAAUGUAAUAUUCAUUUUAACUGCUCAGAGAAACACUAUCUGAUUUUCAUGUUCACAUUAUAUGGCUGCUGUAGUAGCAUUUCUCUCUCUCUGGCUUUUUCCGUUUGUCUCCUAAGUGGAUUGAAAGCCCCGCCAAUAUUCAUUCUGGGUCUCUUAGUGGCCCAUUGUAAAUUAGGCCUGCAAAUUACACACACACGCACACACACACUCUCUCUCUCUCUCUCUCUCUCACUCACUCACUCACACACACACAC